GAGAGGUGAAAUGGCGCAGAAAAGAGUUCAGCUGGACCGGGUAACUAUUUCUUGUUCCAUCUGUCUGGAUCUACUGAAGGAUCCGGUGACUACUCCCUGUGGACACAGCUACUGCAUGAACUGUAUUAAAGGCCACUGGGAUGAAGAGGAUCGUAAAUACAUCUACAGCUGUCCUCAGUGCAGGAAGACGUUCACACCGAGGCCUGUCCUGCUGAAAAGCACCAUGUUAGCAGAUUUAGUGGAGCAGCUGAAGAAGACUGGACUCCAUGUUGCUCCUGCUGAUCACUGCUAUGCUGGAGCUGAAGAUGUGGCCUGUGAUGUCUGCACCGGGAGAAAACUCAAAGCACACAAGUCCUGUCUUUUCUGUCUUGUUUCUUACUGUGAGAAACACAUUCAGCCUCAUUAUGAAUCAGAGACAUUCAAGAAACACAAGCUGGUGGAGCCGUCCAAGAAUCUCCAGGAGAACGUCUGCUCUCGUCAUGAUGAGGUGAUGAAGAUUUUCUGUCGUACUGAUCAGAAGCUUAUCUGUUCUCUCUGCUUAAUGGAUGAACAUAAAGGCCAUGACACAGUCUCAGCUGCAGCAGAGAGAGCUGAGAGGCAGAGAGAGCUCGAGGGGAGUCGACAAAACAUCCAGCAGAAAAUCCAGGACAGAGAGAAAGAUGUGGAUCUGCUUCAACAGCAGGCAGAAGCCAUCAAUCUCUCUGCUGAUAAAGCAGUGGAGGACAGCGAGAAGAUCUUCACUGAGCUGAUCCGUCUCCUGGAGAAAAGAAGCUCUGAUGUGAAGCAGCAGGUCAGAUCCCAGCAGAAAAGUGAAGUGAGUCGAGUCAAAGAGCUUCAGGAGAAGCUGGAGCAGGAGAUCACUGAGCUGAAGAGGAAAGACGCUGAGCUGAAGAAGCUCUCACACACAGAGGAUCACAACCAGUUUCUACACAACUACCCCUCACUGUCACCACUCAGCCAAUCAACAUCCAGCAUCCAUAUCCGUCCUCUGAGCUGCUUUGAGGACGUGACAGCGGCCGUGUCAGAAGUCAGAGAUAAACUACAGGACAUUCUGAGAGAGAAGUGGACAAAGGUCUCACUGACAGGGACUGAAGUCGAUGUUUUACUGCCACAACCAGAGCACAAGACCAGAGCUGGAUUCUUAAAAUAUUCACGUGAAAUCACACUGGAUCCAAACACAGCACACACACAGCUGUUAUUAUCUGAGGGGAACAGGAAAGCAACAUUGAGUAAAAAACAGUCUGUUGUUGCAAAGAUGCAACAACAGUUUUAUUCUCGUCACCCAGACAGAUUCACUUACUGGUCUCAGGUCCUGAGUAGAGAGAGUCUGACUGGACGUUGUUACUGGGAGGUGGAGAGGAGAGGGAGAGAAGGAGGAGGAGUUUAUGUAGCAGUCGCAUACAAGAAUAUCAGCAGAGCAGGGAGGUCGGAUGAAUGUGGAUUUGGACUAAAUGACAAAUCUUGGGCGUUAGAUUGUAACAACAACAAAUAUACAUUUUGGUCCAACAAAGUCCAAACUCCCGUCUCAGGUCCUCUGUCCUCCAGAGUAGGAGUGUACCUGGAUCACAGUGCAGGUAUUCUGUCCUUCUACAGCGUCUCUGAAACCAUGACUCUCCUCCACAGAGUCCAGACCACAUUCACUCAGCCACUCUAUGCUGGACUAAUGUUUUAUUAUUGUUAUGGAGACACUGCUGAGUUGUGUAAACUGAAAUAGACAGAAGUCAUUUAAGGGUUAAAUUCUGUGUUUUAACUCAUAAACCUUAUUUAGUCUCCAUGUUUGUCUCUGAGAGCUGACUGUUGUGACGUUAUAUUUUUUCAACAUUUUUGUAGCUUUUUCUUAUUUGUUUUUUUCUUUUAAAUUUUUGUCACUUUUUUCUUGUUUUUUUUGCUCUUCUAAACGUUUUUGAAAAUUAGUUUGACGGGUUUUUUUUGCUUGUAUUGACGUUUUAGAAGUGAUGAGAUGUUUUUGUUUGUUGAGAAAAACAUUCGGGGAGCUCCAGAACCUCUCACUGUGCUCAGUUGAGAUCUGUUAUUUUACCUUUGAUUGUUGUUGUUUGUGAUAUAUUAAAAAAGAUAAUUACCAAGAUGAUGUGUAGAUAUGAGUUGUUUGUUAUUCAUGUAUUUAUCCACAUUAUGUACUGUAUCUGCGGGACAGGAAGAUGUCUGUUAAAUAGCGGUGUCUUGUAAUCCCAUGUGGGACGGGCCAAAUGUUUGGCAUGACACA